GUGUCUGGGGAAGAGGCUGCAGCGGCCGAGCGUGCAGACGCCGAGACGUGGUCCGGAAGCAGCACGCCAGACGAAACACCUCGACGCCCGCGCCAGUCGUGCGCCCACGUGACUGAUGGCGACUUUCCCAUGUCAUCUCGCCGGUCCGCCGUGACUCCCUCUCCAAGUCCCAUCCGGGGGCCCAAACGCCGACCAUAUACACCAAUCUUGCUGCCCUCCUCCCGUGCGCUCGUUCCUGUCGCUCCCCUUGCGCCGCGUCUUGCCUCGACCCCUCCCCCGACCGUGUUGCUCUAGCACGGUAGAGCCCUGCAGCCGUCGUCAUCGUCGCCGCCCGCACCGGUCGGACCAUGUCGUCGAACCCUCCCGCAAUCCCCACCUCGUCCAAGGCUUCGGCGCCCUCUGGCCAGCUCUCUCCAGCCCAGACGCAGCCGGGCUCGACCGCGAGUGGCGACGGCUUCGGCCAGCGACGCAGCGGCAGCAGCUUCGGUGCGGGCGCAGCCACCCGCGCAAGUCCAACGCCCCGCAGCACCCAGCAGGGCCGCAAGCAGCACAAGGCCUCGAAACGCUUCGCCAGGGUCGACGACGAUGCCAUUACUGAGUCGCUCAACAUGCGCCCGUUCAACAGCCGCAAAGGGCAGACCAACAUCACCCACCUCAUGAACUUCAGCCUCCCGCCGCGCCCGCAGAACCACCACGGCCACGGCCACGGCAGGAGCUAUCGGAGAAAUCCGACAUGGGGCCUGGGGUCGGGUUAUCACGCCACCGACAAGGCGAGGUACGUGCACGCCAACUAUCGCUUCGUUGUCGAUCCGCGCGGCGACUACCGCGCUCAGAGCGUCGACGCCGAUAUCCAUCUUGACUGGAACAAUGUCCUGCAGAUAUUGGCCUCGUCGCAGUCACAGGACGCGUCCUGCCCGAUAUGUCUCGGGACUCCGGUAGCCCCGAGGAUGGCAAGGUGUGGCCACAUAUUCUGCUUGCCAUGCUUAAUCCGCUACAUGCACGCGGAAGAUGACGGCAAAGGCGUCCAUGAGAAGAGGGCGCGGUCAAAGAAGUGCCCCUUGUGCUGGGACAGCAUCUACAUCUCAGAGACGAGACCUGUGCGCUGGUACAUGGGUCAGGAAGGUCUGCCGCCUCAAGAGGGCGGUGAUGUUGUCCUGCGGCUAGUCAUGAGGCCAGCAGGCAGCACACUUGCAAUGCCACGCGACGGUGCCGAUGCUUUAGGCAAGGAGGCGGAUGUUCCUUGGUACCAUGCUGCUGAAGUGAUGGACUACGCCCGCGUCAUGCGUGGCGGCGAGGACUACAUGCUGGAGCAAUUCGACUCUGAGGUCCAUCAACUCAAGCAGCAGGAGAAAGAAGACGAGCUCAUGUUUGGUGAAGAUAACAUUGAGUGGGUGAGGAAGGCGAUACGCUCUAUUCAAGAAUCGAAAGAAAAGAUCAAGGGCGUAGGCAAUCCGCCUGAGCAACCGCCCAAGCCCGCUGAACCAAAAUCGAAGAAGGCACCAAUCGUGCUCCACGGACUCGACACAGAAACGCCCGACAUGUACUCAAUUCAGAACGCAGCAAAGUCAGGCCAGAGCCCCCAUCCACAGUUUCCUACUCCCGCCCCGGAAACGGCCACCAGCGAUCAGUCUGUCAACGCAGCCGAGGCGAACUCCCGAAAAAUGUCCAUGUCAUCACAUUCGUCUCGAACAAGUCCUGGCCUCGGAUCUACACUUGCUGAAAUACGCAAUCGCCAACAACAUGACACCCAGCAUACGCCUUCAGAGUAUUUCUUUUACCAAGCGCUGUUACAUUAUUACCUCUCGCCUUUAGACAUACGCAUCCUCAAAGCUGCCUUUGGGGAUUUCGCAACAUUUCCUUCCACAAUCUUACCGCGAGUCGAGCGCGUGUCCACCGGCCACGUCAUCGACGACGAUCUGCGAAAGCGCACAAAAUACCUCGCCCAUCUCCCGUACGGCUGCGAAGUCAGUUUCUUAGAAUGUGAUUGGACAGACACGGUCGCGCCCGAAAUCCUGGAAAAAUUCAGACCAGAAAUCGAAAGGAGAAGGAGGAAGAACCAGGACAAGGAGACGAAAGAGGAGAAGGCUCGGCUGCGGGCUGAGAAGGCCGAGUACGCAGAGUUUGCGGCGGCAAGGCGGAAGAGGAAUAGCAUCUCGGAGGGCUUUUCGGCGAACGACUUCCAGCCGCUUGCUUCUGGUAGCGAGGCGGCCGGGCAGGCAGGUGAGGAGAGCGCGUCGACGUCGCCUCCGUGGCCGUCAAGGAGGGGUGGGCAGGGCUUUGCCUCGCUGGCAUCGCCGUCGACGAGCCCGUCUACUUCACGCACGGUCUGGGGCACGGCUAUCGUGGCCGCUACAUCCCCAAUCAUGGCGCCUCUGGAGCAUGAUAACCGCGACGACGGCUGGCUGCAGGACUGGGAGAAGGAUCUCUUGCACGAGGAAGAUGCGAUGGUUGCUCAGGCUCAGGCCAUGAGUCUGGAGGAUGAGGCGCCUAAGAAGCAGGCGGGCGGGGGGAAGAAGAAAAAGGCGAAGAAGAUUACGCUGAUGAGCACGAAUGCUAGAAGGGGUGCUUGACCGUAACAGUUCAGAAUAGGCGAUAUGUAGUCCGCAGCUUUGGCAUGGCAUGGAAUGUGCAGCCCGCUAGCAACUCAAUCCAGUUCAGAC